GCACCUUAGGGUCUCGAGGCGCGUGAGCGUCGCCUCCACGACAUGCAGGCAGUCGGCCCACUGCGUCAUCGACAUGGGCAUGCGGUCGGCGGCCUUUCCGGGCGCGAUCUUUCGAAACUCGAAACCUUCGGCCCUUUUCACUUGGCGAUUUCCGGCGCUUGGAUCACCUUUGCCAUGAGCGUCGACGGCCCAGCGUACAUGGUGCUGCCGCACGAAGCUGAAGCCAUGGUCGAGCAGCUGCGCGUUCUCGAACUCGACGCCAUGGGCGCGAACGACUGGAUGCGCUACCACGGCGACGUCGAGAAGCUCAAUCUGCAGGCGCACCAAAGCGCCAAGCAAAAGGCCGACAAUUUUGUCGUUGAAGCGCUCUUGACGUUCAAGAAGCUCGACGUGCUCGUGCAGAACCUCCUGACGACCGAGCUCUGGGCCGACCAUGUCUUCCCACACGUCGCCGCCAGCGACGUCUCGGACGCCGCGUCGCUCCGCACCUACUUUCUCCUGUACCACGAAGCCGUCGUGUGCAACCUCCUCGAAGUCGCCUUCUUCCACGAACACGUCUUCGAGGCGCUCGACGAUGACAGCCUCGUCGAGGUGCUCGACUACGCCAUGCGCAAGGUCACGUGGCUUCUCUCGACGCCGCGCGACGUCUUCAAGACGCAGACGACGUUCCAUAAAGCUGGCGCCGCGAUCGUCGCCGAGCUCAGUAGCGCGUCGCGGGCCGCCGUGCAAUGCGUCACGAUCCUUCGGUAUUUUUGCGAGCGCGUGCACGUCUUGUCACUGACCUUGCUGACGCGUCUCCUCGACAAGCACGACGUGCUUUUGUCGCUGGUCGCGCUCAUUGAGAACCCGCCGUGGACGUACAAGGACGAGGCUAAGUGGAAAAAGUUCCACGAGCAAAAGUGGGUCGUCGUGCCCACCACGGACCUCCUCGCACUCACGACCACCGAGGCGCAGCCGUGGCUCGGGGUCUACUUCCUCACUUGCUCCAAAGUCUCGCGCGACCAGUACCAGCUCACGUCCUUUCGCAAGUCGCAGCUCCUCCGCGUGCGCAAGUACCUCAACGACGUGCUCGUGGACCAGCUCCCGCUGCUCACCGACGUCCAGCGGUUUCUGGACGAGCUCGCAAUCGUCAACUUGCCGUCGUCGUCGCAGGUCAUGAGCCAAACGCGGCUCGUGCUUGAGGCUGUCCCGAUGUUGCGUGCACAGCUCCAGCGGCGCUACAAGGGUAAGCACGAAGAGAUCGCGGCGCAGUACCUCGCCGCCUGUCGCCAGCUGAGCCGACAGGACGACAUGGCGUACUUGGCCGACGUGUACAACAUGGACGGUCUCGACGACCUACUCGACGACACGGUUGGCGCCCCAAAGAAGCAGCAGUCGCCAGCGGAGGAAAUGCCACCAGCGGUCAAGGCACCGACGCUGUGUGACAAGCCAGUGGAGGUCACGAUCGCACUCGUUGUCAAGACAAAUCCGUCCAUCAAGAUCGUCGAGCUCGGAGCACACGAUGACGUUCACAUUGGCGUGGCGGUCGACGCGAGCUCCGAGACGCGUGUCGAGACGACGCAUGGACCGUACUUCCGUUUUGGCUUGACGCAACCACCGACGGGAACCGCGGUGCCGUUGCACGCCGUCGUCGACGCCACGAUCGUACUCGCCACCGGCAAUAAAGUUCAACUGCACUGCGCCGACGUGGCACUGGAGCCCCCCACCGAUGGACCGUCAGUCUGCUGGCGGCAGGCGGGCACGCUCGACGACGGCCACGGCAUCCUCCAAAUGCAGUUCAAGUGGGACAGUGCGCUGGACGCCUUUGUCGUUGGGUCGCUCUUUCUGUCGCUGCCGGCCGACAAGUAGUCGCAAUUCCACGUGUAUAAAUGAAUAUAUUGACUUUGAUUUCCUAA